CAUCAGGAAUGACCUGCUCACCCAUCGCACAGCAAGACUGAUUCACCUCUCGGAGAUCUGCACUGACACCACUGGUCUGGCCGGGCUCUCAGAACGUGUUUUGCUGAAAACAUAAGCAAAUGUUGGAAUGUUCUCCGUAUAUUCAUACACCUUGGAUGCUUUCCUCUGGCUCCUGCGUUCAUUCUUCCAACAAGAUGAUCACAUAUCAGCCCCAAAGGGAGAGGUGGAGAAGUCACAGGAGUGUGUAGCCAAGGGGAGUGGCUGGCUGGUGGAGGAAAAUGAAUAUGAAGUGGUUUCUCUGGAGGAUCUGCCAGGGGAGCUGCCCCAGGAUACCACAGGGAGGCUGUCAAGAGGUCUGAGGAAGAAAGAACAGACCCCAAAGAGAUUGAGACUCAUUCUGGUGGGGAAAACAGGAAAUGGGAAAAGUGCAACAGGAAACAGCAUCCUUGGCAAAAAAGUAUUUGAAUCUAAACUCAGUACUAGAUCAGUGACCAAGACCUUCCAGAGAGACAUCCGAGAGUGGGCUGGGAGGGAACUCGAGGUGAUUGACACCCCUGACAUCUUGUCCUCUCUGUUCCAUCGGGAUGUGGAAGCCCGGGAGAUCUGUCAAGCCAUCACCUUCUCCUCGCCAGGGCCUCACGCUGUACUCCUGGUGACACAGCUGGGCCGAUUCACAGAGGAGGAUAAGCAGGCAGUCAGGCGUCUCCAGGAGAUCUUUGGAGUGGGGAUCCUGGCACACACCAUCCUAGUGUUCACCCGGAAGGAAGACCUCGCAGGCCGCUCCUUGGAAGAGUACCUGCACGAGACUGACAACCAGGACCUUGCCAAGCUGGAUGUGCUGUGUGAACGGCGCCACUGUGGCUUCAGCAACAGAGGGGAGAGGGCUGAGCAGGAGGCCCAGCUGCAGGAGCUCAUGGAGAAAGUCGAAGGAAUCCUGUGGGAAACAGAAGGCCACCACUUUAGCAACAGGGCUUACCAAUACUCCCAGCAGUGCCUUCUGCUCAAAGGGGAGCAGGAAACUGGAAUGACCCAGGGGCAGGGCUCUGAGGAAGUGUUCGUCGAGGAGUCCUGCUUGGCAGGGCUGCCCCAAGUCCUAAAGGAGUCUGAGAAAACCCAUAAAUACCUCCUGGGGAGGGUACCCUUUUGAACCCAUGCUGGCUAUGACGAAGGGCCUUCCUCAGCCCUGUAUCCAGCCCCCAUUUCUGGCUCUCUCCAUCCCACAUAGCACUGCUCAGUCCCCAGGUCAGAGUGUCUGGUAUGGUCAGAGGGGUGAUGAUCUCUGUCUGUGUGCCCUGCUCAUAUCCCAGGCCCUUGGUUCCUGCUUCCAGAACACCUGGGCCCUUCCUCUGUACCCAACAGCAUGCUAUGCUGUCCUCAUGCAGGACCUCCCAUCCCAAUGGCACUACUUUUUUUGAGGGCUUGUCUGUACCUUGAUAGAGCCAAAGCUUGUUGAGGUCAGACCCACGCCUCCUUCUUCCACGUCACUCCCACAGCUGCCUGGAUAGAAGCUGUGAUCGCUAAGUCAGUGUUAUUGCAGCAACUGAGUGUGAGCUGUUGACCAGAUGACUGCAUGUGUUCUGGGCUGUGGCCUUGCCUGUUAAGGCAGCAGGUGCAAGGGCUGUUAAGGUGCCUGACUUGUGAUGGACAGAACACAGCAGAGGCUCUGAGAUGUGAGCAGGGAGGGAUACUCGGAACAGGGGAGAAGGUGGAAGGAGCAGCCCAUUUUUCACUCUUGAAUCUCAACAAUUUGUUCUUUAGAAGCUGUCUAGUGGGAGCAGUGAGUGAGAUCUGGAGUGAGAUAUCUAAGAAGCCAGGCUCUGGUGAAGAAGGGAGAUCUUAGCCCUGGCUGCAGGACAUGGAGUGUCCUUGAGGUGCCAGGUAAACUUGGGGAGGGGUCAGCACCCCUCCCCCAAAAGGAAGACUUAGAUGAGAGCAGGUCUAUAUCUUGGAUGCUCCCCCAUUUUCCUUGGGUGCCAUGACCGUCUCAUUAGAUCUGCCUUAAGGUGUUGGAAAGCAAAGUCUGUUUUCACCGUGUCUCGCCCUUUGCUAUAACGCCUACCUUCAUCCUUGAUCAUCUGGAGACUGUAGAUGGGAAGAGUAUCUGUGUGUGUAAAUGGAAUUAUCAGCAAGAUGGUUGUGGAGGAUUGAAGGGGGAGGGAUUAGGGAGGAAUGGGGACCUGCAAAGUGUCAGUUGUGUGACUUGAGCAUCUUGUGGGGCAGCCUGCCUGGUUGAGGUGAGAACUCUGCACACCACGGGAGCGUCUUCUUGUACGACCACUCCUACAGACAGGGUUUCUAUGCAGUGACACAAGAUAGGAUGAGAAGGGGGCCGAAGGUUGGCCUGGCCUGGCCUCACAUGGGAAGCCAUCUGACCAUGUCAACAUGUUCCUGUGUUCCACUUCCCCUUCUUUGGGGUUCAAGAAUCCCCUGAGAAGUUUGGCUGGUGUAUGGGAACAGACAGGGACUUCCAGAGAGAAGUCACAAGUGGAGAUGGUGGUGACAGGACUUGUGGACAGUCAGAAAACUGGCAGACACAGCCCGAGUUCUACUGACCAGAGAUUCUAUACCAUUAGACACCCCUGCAUUGUGUUUUUCGUGCUGAAACUACGGCACCCACCUUCCCCAUAUGUAGAAGGCUCCGAAGACAGCCAAAACAUCUCUUCUGCUGAAAGAUUCAGAAAAUUGUCCUAUAGAAGAACAGUUUCCAUCUAUGGGCAUUUUACAUGUGUUGAAAUAUUAAAGUGCCUUAAACAUAGACAAUUAUUGAUAAUUUACUUUUUAAAAAAAAAUGAAGGGAGACUUAUGUUGGUGUGUGGAAGAACCAUUUAUUAAACUAAUGAUUCAUUUUCCCCUGAACUGAGAAUGCAAGAUUUACCACUUAUUCAAUUCUGAUAUUCCCUACUGUUUAUAUCAGAAUUUUCAU